AUGUCUAAUGCAGUUGUUGACCUUGACCUGAGUGUCGAUUCCCAUCAUCAGAAUGCGAACACAGAUGAAACACACGCUGUCACAACAGAGAUAGAAAAGUCUGCCAGCCAUGUAACCAACUCUGAACAGCAAGUCCACGCGGUGGGAAAAUCGGAAUCGCCCGAUCAACCAACAGCACAUGACCAUCCCGCCCAGAGUGAUGUAUUGUAUCAAAUGGCCUCAACUGUGGCCCCCUCCCAGCGGUCUGUUCACAGAGAUCCAGUCAGUCGAGUGACAACUGAUGCAGAGGGGAACGUUUACCCAGAAGGUGGAAAAGAGGCAUGGCUCGUUGUAUUAGGAAGUUUUCUCGGUCUUUUUGGAUCCCUCGGACUUGUCAACACUAUCGGUACUUUCCAGGCCUAUAUUUCGAGCCACCAGCUCAAAGAUUAUAGUUCCGGAGAUAUUGGCUGGAUCUUUGGCAUGUAUGCCUUUUUAGUCUUUUUCUGUGGUGUUCAAAUCGGUCCCAUCUUCGAUGCUCGCGGCCCGCGGAUGCUGGUUCUCGCCGGCUCGAUAUGUGAAAUGGCUUUCAUCAUUCUUCUUGGAUUUUGUACCAAGUACUGGCACUUUAUGUUGGUAAUUGGCGUCCUUGGAGGCGUAGGAGCUUCUCUUAUUUUCACACCAGCUAUAUCUGCCAUCGGACACUUUUUCUACGAAAGACGCGGUCUUGCAACAGGAAUCGCAGCUACCGGUGGCUCGAUUGGAGGUAUUGCAUUCCCACUCAUUCUCGAGGCUCUAUUCCCUAGAAUAGGAUGGGCCUGGGCAACUAGAGUUAUCGCCCUGAUCUGCCUCAUCACCUUUUCAUUAGCAAGCCUCUUGAUCAAAUCACGUCUCCCUCAAAAGCCGUUCUCCAAGGAAAAUAUUCUACCAGAUUUCCGCAUCUUCCGCGAUUCCCGGUUCGCAUUGACCACCGCAAGCGUCUUCUUCAUUGAGUGGGGUCUUUUUGUCCCAAUCAGCUACAUCUCAACUUAUGCACUGGACAAGGGGUUUUCCACGAGCUUCUCGUACCAGAUUCUGGCAAUCUUGAACGUCGGCUCAUUCUUUGGACGAUUUUUGCCGGGUUUCUUUGCCGACUACUUGGGAAGAUUUAAUGCCUUGAUCGUGACUGUUGCCAUGUGCUUGCUUUGCAAUGUAUGCUUUUGGCUACCAGCGGGUAAAAGUUUAGCUCUGCUUGUCAUAUACUCUCUAUUCUUUGGAUUUGCUUCUGGCAGCAACAUUAGCUUGACACCCGUUUGUGUCGGCCAGCUUUGCAAAACGGAGAACUACGGGAGGUACUAUGCAACAUGCUAUACCAUUGUCAGUUUUGGUACCUUAACCGGUAUACCAAUUGCAGGUGAAAUUUUAGUGAGAUGUAAUGGAGAAUGGUGGGGCCUUAUUACAUUCACGAUCGCAUGUUAUGCUCUAGGUUUGGUAUGCUGCACGGCUGUCAAAGUCAUUCAAGUCGGGUGGCGCAAGCCGUUAGCAAUUUACUAG